GAAGACGAAAACAAACGACAAUGGGUCAGAACCAAAGUGGAGGACAUGGACCUGGAGGAGGCAAAAAGGAUGACAAGGACAAGAAAAAGAAAUAUGAGCCACCAAUUCCUACUAGAGUGGGAAAGAAAAAGAGGAAGACGAAGGGGCCAGAUGCUGCCAGCAAAUUACCAUUAAUCACCCCUCACACACAGUGCAGACUGAAGCUGCUAAAACAGGAGAGGAUCAAAGACUACCUACUCAUGGAAGAGGAGUUCAUCAGGAACCAGGAGCAGAUGAAGCCUUUGGAGGAGAAGCAGGAGGAGGAAAGGUCCAAAGUAGAUGAUCUGAGAGGAACGCCAAUGUCUGUCGGGACACUGGAAGAAAUCAUUGAUGACAAUCAUGCUAUCGUAUCCACAUCAGUGGGCUCUGAACACUAUGUCAGCAUUCUGUCCUUUGUUGAUAAGGAUCUCCUUGAACCUGGCUGCUCUGUUUUACUCAACCAUAAGGUCCAUGCCGUGAUUGGAGUGCUGAUGGAUGACACUGAUCCUCUGGUCACAGUGAUGAAAGUGGAGAAAGCCCCACAAGAGACGUACGCUGACAUCGGAGGACUGGAUAGUCAGAUCCAAGAGAUUAAGGAGUCUGUGGAGCUCCCUCUCACUCACCCUGAGUAUUAUGAGGAAAUGGGGAUAAAACCUCCAAAGGGAGUCAUCCUUUAUGGCCCCCCCGGUACAGGUAAGACCCUAUUGGCUAAGGCUGUGGCCAAUCAGACAUCUGCUACCUUCCUGCGUGUGGUGGGCUCAGAGCUCAUACAGAAGUACUUGGGCGAUGGGCCCAAACUGGUCAGAGAGCUGUUCAGGGUCGCCGAGGAGCACGCCCCAUCCAUCGUUUUCAUCGAUGAGAUUGACGCUAUCGGAACGAAGAGGUAUGACUCUAACUCUGGAGGAGAGAGGGAGAUCCAGAGAACUAUGCUGGAGCUGCUGAACCAGCUGGACGGCUUCGAUUCCCGUGGAGACGUCAAAGUCAUCAUGGCCACAAACCGAAUAGAGACGCUUGACCCAGCACUCAUCCGACCAGGUCGGAUUGAUCGUAAGAUAGAGUUCCCACUGCCAGAUGAGAAGACCAAACGCAGAAUUUUCCAGAUUCACACGAGCAGGAUGACGGUGGCAGAGGAUGUGACCUUAGAUGACCUCAUCCUAGCUAAAGAUGACCUCUCGGGUGCAGACAUUAAGGCGAUUUGCACAGAGGCUGGCCUCAUGGCUUUGAGGGAGAGGAGGAUGAAGGUGACGAACGAGGACUUUAAGAAGUCUAAAGAGAACGUGCUUUAUAAGAAACAGGAAGGGACCCCGGAAGGUCUCUACCUUUAACAUGUCCACCUGAACCCAACCACACACCAGUCUUACACCACUGGUAUUUUUGUACACAUUACGUUUACUCUAGAAGUAGCCCUUUUUGUCAUUCUUUUGACUCGUGUGAAUAAAGUAAUAC